UCGGGGGCGGGCCCCGAGAGCGAGUGGAAGAUGGCGGAGGGCGGCCGUGCGGAGCCGGAGGAGCAGGAGAGGGGGUCCUCGAGGCCGGGGCCCCCGAGUGCGCGGGACUUACAGUUGGCCUUGGCAGGACUGUACGAAGAGGAAGUGAAGUGCAAGUCUUCCAAGCCUGACAGACCCACAGCUGCAGCCUUUAAGAGUCCGCGGACACUGCCCCAGCGGCUUUAUUCAGGUGAACAGGAAUAUGGUGGAUUACAUAUAGUUCAACCUCCAACUGGGAAAAUUGUGAAUGAACUUUUCAAAGAGGCAAGGGAGCAUGGGGCCGUCCCUCUAAGUGAAGCCACAAGAUCUUCAAGUGAUGACAAAGCAAAGUCAUUUACAGGUGGAGGGUACAGAUUGGGCAGUUCCUUCUGUAAACGUUCAGAGUACAUCUAUGGAGAAAAUCAGUUGCAAGAUGUUCAAGUUUUGCUGAAGCUGUGGAGCAAUGGUUUCAGUUUAGAUGAUGGAGAAUUAAGACCUUACAAUGACCCAACAAAUGCUCAGUUUUUGGAAUCUGUUAAGAGAGGAGAGAUUCCCCUGGAGCUUCAGCGACUGGUCCAUGGCAGCCAAGUGAACCUGGAUAUGGAGGAUCAUCAAGACCAAGAGUAUAUAAAACCCAGACUGCGAUUUAAGGCUUUUAGUGGUGAAGGGCAAAAACUUGGCAGCCUUACACCUGAAAUCGUCAGUACUCCUUCCUCCCCAGAAGAAGAGGAUAAAUCAAUACUUAAUGCAGCUGUUCUUAUUGAUGAUUCAGUGCCCACCACAAAAAUUCAGAUCAGGUUGGCAGAUGGAAGUCGUCUGAUACAGAGAUUCAACAGCACACACAGGAUUCUGGAUGUCCGAGACUUUAUAAUACAGUCACGUCCUGAAUUUGCGACAACUGACUUUAUUCUUGUGACUUCGUUUCCAAGUAAAGAGCUAACAGAUGAAAGUCUGACCCUACAAGAAGCAGAUAUUCUUAAUACUGUGAUACUCCAACAGCUAAAAUAGUAUUGCUCCAACCCAUGUAGGAAUAGGUAAUGUGCGUAUUAGUAAACUACUUCCAGUAUAAAAACAACCGAAUCAUUUUUAUUCAGAUAAAUUCUGUUUUUGCUGCUGAUCUAUCUUCCAGUAUUCGUCUGGAUAAAUUUAGACUAGAGAUAGAUCUUGAUGUUUGAAUUUUUAGUUGCAGGGCUGGCUUCAACUGAUAGCUGUAAACAUCUAGGUCAACCAACUUACUAUAUGCUCAGUGUCAAUGUAUUAACGUUUUCAGAUGAAGUAAAAAGAACUCUUUUGGUAAAUGCAUUUGGUAAAAUUUACCCUCAAGUUUUUUAAUGCAGCAGUGAACAGUAGCCAGUAAAGAUCCCUUUCUGUAAUUUAUACCAGAAUGUCUGCUCUGAGUUUGAAACUGUUUGAUCAUACAAUAAUUAAGGUUUUGCAUAUUCUUUUUACAUAUUGUUUGAACUAUGUUACAUAUUGUUUGAACUAUGUUAGUAUCACAGAAUAUAUUUUGGCCUUGUCUUUUGUAAAAUGGCAAGUAUCAUAAACUAAAUUUUAUUAGAUGUAAAAGUCAUCUGCUCUUGAGAAGACAUGAUAGACAGCACUUUAAAAUCCAGAAACUAUAGUCCCUUCCAGAGCCUGCCUGGAUCACUUUCCUUUGUUCAUUCAACAUUUUAUUAGGGAUCUAUUACACAUAGGAACACUAUUGAAGGCAUGCAACACAGAGUGCAUUCGUCAGUAUAUCAACUCUGAGAGACUGGAGCAAAAAUUACCAGCAAGAUGUUUAUGUUUUCUUUAUCCAGGCAUGUCUUAAAUGAUUCUCAACAGAAAAGCAUAUUUCCCCUCAGACACCCUUCUAUCCUUAGUCACCAUUUCUGAGUAACUUUCUGUUGUUGACGUAAGAAAAUACAGAAUUUGUGACUGAAGUAGCACAGAUUUUAUUAUCUUAGAAGUAUGUAGGUCAAAAAUUGCAAAGGAGUUCCUUCCUCUGUGCUGCAAUCAAGGUGUUGGUGGGACCCUAGACAAACACUCUGUGGCUGCCGAGCCUCCAGAGGCCACCUGUGCUCCUUACCCAUGGUGCUCUCCCUCAUCUACUAGCCAGCACUUGCCUCCUUUGAGCCUUCUGUAAUUACACUGGUCUCUGCUUCUAAGGACAUACAAGAUGAGAGAGGAUGCACAGACAAACCCAUGAUCAUCGCCAAAUGUUAACUGUAUAGUAACCCUAAUCAUCCUUCAGAGUUGCUCUUUUCCAUUGCAGUUACACCUUCAUGGGAAUGGGAGGAUUGAUAUGGUUACUGUGGUAACGGCCCACAAUAUCUCGAGACUGAUCUACCAAAUAACUCACCCCAUCCAUCCAGAGGUGCUCAGAAAUCUCAGUGUAUCGAACCGAUUCAAAGUCCAAAACUUUAUCUGCAUUUCAUUGGUUCAGAAGUCCCAAAUCUCAUUAAGAUUAUCUAAAUUAAGUAGAGAUUUCAUCUCGGCCAAUGACACUAAAGUCUAAUUAUUUGCUCACAGGUAAAUGUCAGGACAGCUAUAGAAUAAGCUAUGAACAUUGAUGUGUAAAAGACAGGAAACAGUGAAAAGUGGAGCCACUGUUACCAAGGAGCAUGCAAAUCCAACCAGACAUCCCAUCAACAUCUAAGGCCCAACACUAAUGUGUGGCUCUCAUAACUUAGUCUUUUGAGUUUUGACUGUGUGUCCACACAGCUUUCUUCUUCUCGUGUUGUGCUAUGUACCUUUCAUUUUACAAUGGCAACAAUUUGUCAAGAAACUUAAGGAUCUCCUGUGUGUCAUGGAGAUUGGCUCUGUUAAACAGGAAGCUCUUCCAAGCAUCUUUCUACUAACAGAAAUAAUCCCAUCACUAAUUUUCAGUUUUUCAGAGAAAACAGAACUGUGUCAUACCCAUAAUCCCUUCGAGAGUCUUUUGUGUGACUGAAUAUACAAACCAUUUUAUUACAUGUGUGGUGUGCAUGCUUGUGUGUGUGUGUCUGACUGUGUGUUUGGGAGAAGCCUAAAGUUGAUGUUGGGAGUCUUCCUCAAUCUCUUUCCACUGUAUUCAUUCAGGCAGGGUCUCAUGUAAACCCAGAGCUCACCAGUGCAGCUAGUCUGGCCAGCCUCCUCCAGGGGUUCCCUGUCUCCACCCAACAUGGCAAGCACUUAGCUACUGAGCCGUUUCCAGCCCUUCAGACCUUUGGUUCCCUCUCUUGUGUUGUCUAAGGGUUGUACACCCAUACCCUCGUUUCUGUACACCAGGCUUUCCCAACAGUGUUGUCAUUUUUAAAAUACCUUUCUUAAGUGCUUGUCAUUUAGGUAGACCGAGAAUUCCUUUCACUUAGCCCUGGUUUCUUCUGUAUAUCACCUUUUCACACGGUGUUUCUAUUACUGUAAAACUUGACUAUAACCAGGAAGAAGAAAACAGAGUAAAGUUUACCUGAAAAUUUCAGAUUACUCUUAAGUUUAUCAUGUACAAAUUUUGCUUUGCACAUAAUUGUACAACUCAGCUAAGCGUCAGUUUUCCAGUAAUGGCUUCCUCAUUCUCUGAGCCCUCGGCAGCAGAGCCUUUAGCGUCAUCAUUUUCUAAAGACUACUUAUAACCACUUAGACAUUCUCUGGUGAUUUAUGUUUUCCUAGCAAGUCUUAACUCCCUUCAAAUCCUCUCCAGCACUAGCCUGUCCUGCUAACAGUCUGAAUAAGGCAGGCUGGGCCCUUCUGUCACUGUCCUCAAAACUGCCUUAGCCUCUGCACUGAGGCUAUAUGUAAU